AUGUCGGGCAUGAGCCUGGCCUUCCUAAGUCAGUGUCCGUGCUGUCGGCAGCAAAGUAGUGAAACAACAGAGACCCAGGAGCCUGUCAACCAGUCGGACCAGCUGGGCCAGUUCUCCUUGGCCCUGGUGCACUCAAUCACCGCCAUCACGGACACGAGCUGCGUGCAGCCCAUAAAGCUGGCUAGGGUAACCAAAGUGCUGGGCAGGACCGGUUCGCAGGGACAGUGCACGCAGGUGCCUGUGAAAUUUAUGGAUGACACCAGCUGCUCUAUCAUCCGAAUUGUCAAAGGCCCCAUUCAAGAAGGUGAUGUGCUCACCUUAUUGGAGUCAGAAAGAGAGGCUCGGAGGUUGUGCUGA